AUGAGGACGCUGGUACUGGGGCUGCUGGUUGCGACUUUUGCAUAUUCAUCUGCAAUUGGGUCAAAGCCUAAAUAUCAGUUCACACGUUACCACUCGUGGAACACACGGCUGUAUCCGUUGUGGAAAGAUGGAGACCAGAGAUACAAGAACGCAUGGAAAGGUGGUGACGUAACUUUUGAUGUAAAAAACGAUUCACCCACCCUAACUGGAGCAAAAGCAACCUUCACUAUUAAUCUGAACUUCCCACAGAACCAGACCCAGCUCUCUAAUGGGCAGGUGGUCUGGGCAAGAAACUGCACUGUUGACGGGCAAAACUAUACCAAAGGUCAGCUCGUGUAUACUGACAAUGACCAUGGCCAUGACAGGACCAAAGUUUUCCCAAAUGGUGCAGCGUUUCACGAGGGCAAGGACAAGAAGAACCGCUAUGUUUAUGUGUGGAAAGCAUGGGGGCGUUACUGGCAGGUUGCAGAUGGACCGUCCUCCUCCCUCAGUCUCAACACACGUGAUACCCCCCUGGGUUCCUACAACAUGGAGGUUGUCAUCUAUCACUGCCGCAGCAAAGACAAGUUCAUCCCUCUUGGCUACGCCUCCACUGUCUUCACAGUCACGGACCAAGUUCCCUUCACCAUGUCCCUUACUCAAGUCAGUGAUGUGAACCAGGAGGACCAGAAUUUCAUCCAGAAGAAAGCCAUCGCAUUCAGUGUCAGGAUCCACGAUCCAAGCCAGUACCUCAACACCGCCGACAUCAGCUUCAGCUGGGACUUUGGUGACAGCAGUGGUACGCUGAUCUCCAGAGAGCUCACAGUCACACACGCAUACCUCGAUGCAGGGACAUUCAAACCUCAGGUGGUCCUGAUGGCAACCAUCCCUCAAACCUGUGGAAGUCCAACUGUUGUUGCUCCUAUCGACUCCUCAGCUGCUUCAGAAGUUGUGAUUUCCCCAACCGUUGCUGCUAUCCCGACUGCACCAGCUGAAGAAGGAGACAUGGCUCAAGAUCUCCCUGCUUCUGACGCCCCUUCACUCGCCGCCUCCUUGCUACCACCUGCAGCGGGCCAAGAAACAGAAGAUGCAGGAGACUCAGCUGCAGUAGCUGUUGCUUCAGUCGCUCCAGCAGUCAAUGCAGCUGUUGUUCCAGAGGAGCAAGAUCCCGCCAUCACUGUUGCCCCUGCUGCAGGAGCAGAUGUUGCAGCCGUUGCUACAGUUGCAGCAGCAGCGGCAGGUGAGGUGGCCAAUGCUGCUACAGCUGCUCCAGUAGAACCUGCAGCCAUUACAGACGCAGCUGAAGCAAUUGUAGAUACUGUUGCUGUUGACCCUGUUGCAGAGGGAGAUGUUGCAGUUGAGGUUGCUGCGGUUGUCACUGUUGCUCCUGCUGUUGAGGGAGAUUUGGAUGACGUUGAGGUUGCUGCGGCUGUCACUGUUGUUCCUGCUGUAGAGGGAGAUUUGGAUGAUGUUGAGGUUGCUGCAGCUGUCACUGUUGUUCCUGCUGUAGAGGGAGAUUUGGAUGAUGUUGAGGUUGCUGCGGUUGUCACUGUUGCAGCAAUAGCUCCAGAGCAAGAAGCUACUGUUGCACCCGAGGCCACUGUUAUUGAUGCUGCUGUAGAGGUUGUCCAGGAUGAAACAGAAGCCCCUGUGGAAGAAAUCAUUGUUACUGUUGUCACUCAGGCCACAGCUGUCGUAGAGGCAGUGACAGCUAAUGCAGAGGCUGAAGCAGCAGCUGCAGAGAAUGUCGUUGCAGCGACUGCUGUAGCUCCUACAGAUCCAGCACAAGUUGCCCUCAUUGUGGCAAAGAGAGACGUAGCCGAUCUAAUAGCUGACUGCAAUGUCUACCGUUAUGGCUCCAUUGCCACUUCCUUAGAUGUUGUCCAGGCCAUUGAAAGUGUAGAGAUUGUACAGAUGUCUGGUGUUCUGUCACUGGCAACCACGUUGGAUCAGAAUGCUGUGGACGUCACUGUCAUCUGUCAGGGAAGUCUGCCAAGAGAGGUGUGCACAGUCAUUUCAGAUGCUGACUGUGUUACACCGAUGGAAACAGUCUGCACUGAAGCCAGACCCUCUCCAGACUGUCAAAUGAUCAUUCGCUCUUUCUUCAAUGACACUGGAGUGUUUUGCAUCAACGUCUCUUUGACUAAUGAUGUCAGUUUUGCUGAAGCAAGUGCCAGAGUCAGUGUAUCACUAGCCUCCACAGGUUCCCCAGCAGGAACUGCAGUCACAGUCCUGGGUGUGAUGGUUCUCGCAUGUGUGGCCUGUUGUUUGGCUCUGAUGUACAGGCGAUUCAAGCAGUACCAGCCACUCAGAGAGGACAGUCCUUACGAUAACGGAGGUAGCUCAGGUGUAACAUCAGUGCCAAUGUUGUUGUGGAACUUGUUGAGCCGACAGUCAGCAGGAGAAAGUCGUCCACUGCUUCAUGGGAGGAUUGUCUAAAAAUAUCAUCACCAGCUGCAUUCAACUUCCACAUCAUCAGCUAAAAUAUCAGCUUUAACACUUUGUACUUUCACUGUAAUGUUAUUGUUACUCUCAGUUAAUGUUUGAAUCCAGAACCAUUUAGCACAAAGCUAAAUGCAAAGGGUCCUUGAACCACAACAUAUUUUGAAAUGGAAAGGAGUCAUGUGUAAUGAACAAUUUUGAAAUGUUUGUAGAGGAACAUGAUAUUUAUUUUGACCAACAAUAUUUGUAUCAAUUGGCACUGAUAGUUGAUAGAAGCCAUAAGUUAUUAUCUUAUUUGUGGCCAACUUAUAUUAACCCUUUGGAAAAUCAAUGUUGACACACUUUCUUUACGUUAUAUUUUAAUCACUCACAUCAUAGGGCGUUGUUAUGUUUGCUACCCCGACAAUAAUAAAAUGAAACCCUUACAAGA